UCAUCCAUAGGGGUGUAAUUACUGAUCUCUCAUCGGUCCGCCACUGUCUGAUUUUCCACCAGUGCUUUCACUGGCGGUCCGUUCAUGUCUUGUUAACGUUACCUGAACGUAUUUAGGUUAUUAUCUUCGAUUUCCCGUGUCAUUAGAAUCACACCCACAUCUCUUAGUGCUACAGCCCAUUCCGCCCCCGACGGGCAGCCAUCUUGUCCGGAGCGGGGACACCGUGUGGACCGGACCGGCACCACCGGGAUAACCGAACUGGCACUGCGACUGCAAACCUGAGCUGGGCAAGCAGCUGGAGAACUGAAAGCCUGGAGCCCUGGCGGGGCCCGUGACAUGAGCCGCUGAUAACGGGGCCCGGUGCCCCGGGAAAGGGGUCCCGGUGAAUAAAGCAGAGCCAGGACCGUGCCAGGCUGCCGGGAUCAUGGCCUCCAACUGCAGUAGCGCCGUCGCCAUUGGCAGCGCCAGCAAAACGAAGACCAAGAAGAAGCACUUUGUAUGUCAGAAGGUGAAGCUGUUCCGAGCCAGCGAGCCCCUCCUGAGCGUGCUGAUGUGGGGAGUGAACCACACGAUCAAUGAGCUUAGUAAUGUCCCUGUUCCAGUCAUGUUGAUGCCGGAUGACUUUAAAGCCUACAGUAAGAUCAAAGUGGACAAUCACCUUUUCAACAAGGAGAAUCUUCCAAGCCGCUUCAAAUUCAAAGAAUACUGUCCCAUGGUCUUCCGGAACUUAAGGGAGAGGUUCGGCAUUGAUGAUCAGGAUUAUCAGAACUCACUGACGCGCAGUGCACCUGUAAACAGUGAGAACCAGGGCCGCUUUGGUUCCCGCUUUCUCACAACAUAUGACAGGCGAUUUGUCAUCAAAACAAUAUCCAGUGAAGAUGUGGCUGAGAUGCACAAUAUCUUGAAGAAAUAUCAUCAGUUUAUAGUAGAGUGCCAUGGGAAUACUCUGCUCCCUCAGUUCCUUGGUAUGUACCGUCUAACUGUAGAUGGCGUGGAAACGUACAUGAUAGUCACAAGGAAUGUUUUCAGCCACCGACUCGGGGUUCACCGCAAGUAUGACCUUAAGGGCUCUACUGUGUCAAGAGAAGCCAGUGAUAAAGAAAAGGCCAAGGACCUUCCCACAUUUAAAGAUAAUGACUUCUUGAAUGAGGGACAAAAGCUUCAUGUGGGGGAGGAGAAUAAGAAAAUCUUCAUGGAGAAACUUAAGAGAGAUGUGGAGUUUCUGUCUGUGCUAAAAAUCAUGGAUUACAGCCUACUAGUGGGCCUACAUGAUGUGGAUCGCGCAGAACAGGAAGAAAUGGAGGUGGAGGAGAGGGCAGAGGAAGAAGAGUGUGAGGAUGGGACAGGGAAUCCUAUCUGCUCAUAUGGGACUCCCCCAGACAGUCCAGGAAAUCUUCUUAACUUCCCACGCUUCUUUGGGCCAGGAGAGUUUGAUCCUUCUGUAGACGUGUAUGCAAUGAGGAGCCAUGACAAUGCACCGAAGAAGGAAGUUUACUUUAUGGCCAUCAUAGACAUCUUGACGCCAUACGAUGCCAAGAAGAAAGCUGCACAUGCCGCCAAAACAGUAAAACACGGGGCUGGAGCAGAAAUUUCCACAGUAAAUCCGGAGCAGUAUUCCAAACGCUUCAUUGAGUUCAUGUCAAACAUCAUUGCGUAGCACUAGUCUCUUCCUCUCUGAAGUCCCCGCCCAGUGAGAUUACAGCCCCAGUGUGUGUGUGUGUGCAUGAGUGAGCUUGUCUGUGCUGCAUGCCCAUCCUGUUUGUGUCACCUACACCAUCUUGUUACAGAUCAGUGACCCUCCUACCCACCCAGUUUUCAAUUUUGUAUUACUAAAUGUAAAGGUCAUGUGUAAGAUGGUCAUAACAGGAGUUCCGUUUCUUCCUGAGUCCAUAAUGUGAGGCAUCCUCACCCUUACUCCCUACAACGUCAUGCACCAUUUGUACUAUACUCGCCUCCGGAAGAUGAGGAACAUUAGUUCUGUUACAAAAUAGCAAAACUUUAAACCCACUGCUAAUUUUUACUUUUGCUGCCAUUGCAGUGGGGAAACAAAGUCCUAAAGUCAGCUGUUACAAUAGUAGUUUAUGAUCCCUUCAAUAAGUUAGUGUCAGUGGUCCCAUUGCUAUAAAAUUGCCCCAGACUAACCGUCCAUAAUAUUUCUGGGGCACUUAAAGGAUUGAAUAAUUUUGUCCUAACUCUCACAAGUCCUGCUAGUUACUGCUAUUUUUUUUCGAGGAGAGGGAGAUUGCUGGCCUUUUAAUUUACAUAUGCAGUCCCUCAAUAUUCAUAUGAAAGCGAAUACAUUGAGAUAAAAGCCGUAUGCUUGCCCUUUAUGUUAAGAUGUUCAUAUAAAGAAGGUGCUGUCAGAAAUAUAUUUUUUUUCAGGCUACAGCAAAGCUAUAACUUUGUAAUCAGGCAGAUGUUCAGUAAUGCUGUUCUAUUGGUUAAGCCCAGUGCAUCUGGCCACAAUUACGAGGAUGCCCUCCAAGUACUGCCUUGAUUGGAUAGCAGUUGUUCAUUGCGCAAGUAUGGGGCACUAGAAAACUUCUCACAAAAAGCACUGUUAUGUCCUGUUACAAUUACUAUUUUUUUUUUUUACAUUAAAUUAUUCUCUUUCAUAAAAUAUACAAUUUGUUGAGGUUGAAUGUAUCCCUGUAAAUAGUCCCAGCCAAUUAAAGAGUAGCGCACAGCUUACUUAACCAACAUUUUCACUGACUGACUGGAAUUCCCUUCACUGGAUACAUCAGACAGAUUUGUUGGUAUAGUAAAAACAGAUAACCACCUCUGUAACAAAUGUGAAAAGAUCUGGAAUCUAUCUGUACAGUGCUCUAAACUGACACCUUUUAACAGGUUUCACUAAAUAUGUAGCACACGCUAGAUUAUCUUUACUAGGAACAAAUAGGCUCCAGCACACAAGUGCUUGCAGCAACUCCUACAUCCAGUAUUUAUGUUCUGCAGUUUGAACUGUUGCCAUAACCUUCCUCUUCAUACUAUAAAAUUGCAAAUUUGUUCUUAAAGAAUCAGCCACCUAUUUGCCAGGUAUUUAGCUGAUUUAAUAUGAGUGUUCUGUAAUCUGUUUACAUAUAAGAUAGCAUUCUGUUACAAAUGCUAAUUGUUUUAGACAGUAUUGUUUUAUUAACUAAAUGUUAUGUUUUUUUUUUAAGAAAAAAGGGAUUUUUUUGCAUUUAUUUUAUUUGAAUCUCUUCUACUAGGUCAUCUUUUACUCCUGAAUAUAUGUAUUUAAGAAAACUAUUAAUCAUGGUUUAUAUGGAUGUCAGUUACUUUUUUAUGAUGUCAGAUUUGUGGUGUGAAUGCUGGUGAUCCUUAAAAUAGAUGGCUUUGGAGGUUUCUUAAUAUUGACUAGGGCAGUAUUUGCAAUAGAUUAAGAUGAAUGGGAAAGAUCUAUCUACAUGUUUAACAUCUGGUAGUAACACAUUGUGCUACAAGUGAUGGGAACAUUCUGAAGGUUUCCACAAACAGCCGUUUGCCAAAUUUUUUUCUCUCCAUCAAUUGUAAGACUUGUUAAUAAAGUGUGUGUUUUUGUUUGUA